GAAGGCCAUCGCUGGGUAAGUAAAUUCGUGAGGCAAGAUGCGCGAAGAUAGACCAUAAAUUUAAAACCCUAGCCAAUGGAAGGAUAUAAGGGCCGAUAUCUCCAUAUCUCGCAUUUGUGCCUGUUUUAGAGAGGGUAAGAGAGGUCGGGCGAAGAUGGUGUCAUUGAAGUUGCAGAAGCGGCUCGCCUCAAGCGUGCUCAAGUGCGGAAGAGGAAAGGUUUGGCUUGAUCCCAAUGAAGUCAAUGAAAUCUCCAUGGCUAACUCCCGUCAAAACAUCAGGAAGUUGGUAAAGGAUGGAUUUAUUAUCAGGAAGCCAACUAAGAUCCACUCCAGGUCUCGUGCCCGUCGAAUGAAGGAAGCCAAAAGAAAGGGUCGCCAUUCUGGACAUGGUAAACGUAAGGGUACCAGGGAGGCUAGGUUGCCUACUAAAAUUCUUUGGAUGAGGAGGAUGAGAGUGCUUAGGCGUUUGCUUCGCAAGUACAGAGAGGCUAAGAAGAUUGACAAGCACAUGUACCAUGAUAUGUACAUGAAAGUCAAGGGAAAUGUCUUCAAAAACAAGCGUGUGCUGAUGGAAAGCAUCCACAAAUCAAAGGCUGAGAAAGCCAGAGAGAAGACACUGUCUGAUCAAUUCGAGGCCAAGAGAGCCAAGAACAAAGCUAGCCGUGAGAGAAAGUUUGCAAGGCGAGAGGAACGUUUUGCUAAGGGCACAGUGGAGAAGGAAGCACCUGCUCCAGCAGCAGCUCCUCAAACCCAAUCAGCCCCACAGGUAUCUAAAAAAUCAAAGAAGUGAAGCCUUGGAUGUGUCUCUGGCUAGUUGGUGGCUUUGCAUUAUGUUUUCUGAUCCUUAAUUGCCAUUUUUGUUGUUUUAUUAUUAUUAGAAUAUUUGUUAUUUCCGAACUUAUGAAGUUUACAACACCUUGGUACUAUGUUUUUAUUAGCUUUUGGAUCUGCUUAUGGCUUACAAGUCUAUGGUAUGUGCUUAUGUGCUCUCUUCUGAAUAGUGUUAUCACCACAGGUCGAGUUACUCCAUAAUUCGCCACAUAUUGAAUUGGGGUUGAAACUUCCAAAAUAGGGACCUUAAUGUCUGCACGUGUACUUGAAGAAAUGUCAGUAGGUCAUAUAUGAACCAUAGCCUUAUCAUACUUGCAAGUUACAAAGUUAAUCCUUUCAGUACACCACAGUGUCAAUUUAUUUAAUUUCUACAAUGUUAUAUUAUACCUCGUACAAACUAUUAUGUUCAUUUAACUACUUUACAAAUGUGUAAUUACAGAUAUUAAUCCG